ACGGGGGAGCGAGGAUGCACAGUUCAUAUUCAAUUGUUGCCGAGUGAACUCAUCUGUUGCGUUCCAUUUGCCAGAGCUUCAGAAGAAAUGUGAUGCAAUUAUUCUGUCCCUAGAAUACCUGGGGGCAUAAAUGAUAAAUUAAGCCUUAGCCUACACACUCGUACACACACUGUCCCCAACCGUAAGCCACAUGUGGGCAUACACAUAUACAUAUACACACACAUAAUACACAUACACACAAACUUGGCCAAGAUCAGACAUACACUCACAUUUAGACAUGCAUAUACACACUAACCUCCACACUGGCACACACACACACACACACACACACACACUCUUGAGAGACAGUACAAGACAGAACAACAAGAAUCAGCUGUACGGACAGAGACAAGUCUCGUUUAUCUUCUGUCUAUGCCGGGCGGCUGUGUGUCCGUUUGCCUGGGUGCAGUGCCUCAUGCGUUACGUGGCGUGAGUCUCCUUAGAUGAUCACGUUGCUGAGAUACAGUGCUGAGAGGCAGAGGAUGCAGCUGGGAGCAUGAGUCCUGACGGAGAGGAGCAUGACAUGUUCUGUCAGAAAGCUGUGACCCUGAUUGUUGACCUCUGCCUCCAGAACCACCAGUUAUUGGACCAGGACACCUGCCAGGACUUCUUGUUUCUGUUGUCCAACCAGAGCUCGGACUACAAGGACCCAGAUGUCACUUUUGGCCUCCUCCUCAGCGUGUUUGUGGUGUGCGGACUUGUCCUGUUGACUCUUUGUGCCUUCGCCUCCUGGAAGCUGUGCUGGGUGCCUUACUGGCAGAACAAGGCGGCAGCAGCCCUUUCCUCCAGCUCUGCAGCCCUGACCCCGGCCUGCGGUCCCCCAGACGACUGCCCCCCCUUCCACCUCCACAUCCACCCUCCUCAGCACCAGUUCCUCCCAAGCCCCAACCAGCAGAAGUCACCGAUCACCAUGGCAACGGAGAAAGUGAAGGACCCGAUGGGUUCCAUGGGUUUCCUGGAGGCUGCUGUGAAGAUAAGCCACACGUCACCUGAUAUCCCAGCAGAGGUGCAGCUCUCAAUGAGGGAGCACUUUAUGAGGCGUACUCAACGCAUGCAGCGGCAGGCCACUGAGCCUGCUUCCUCCUCCAGACACAGCUCAUUCAAAAGGCACCUGCCCAGACAGAUGCAGUCGAUCAGCCUGGACCUUGGCAAUGACUAUUUGGACGAGGACGAGCAGCCCACCAGCAUCGGACGCAUCAAACCCGAGCUCUACAGACAGAAGACCCUGGACACUGACGAGUCCGCGAAGAACAGCAACGCCAAGAACUGUGGGAAGAUCAACUUCUCCCUGAAGUACGAUUAUGAAAACGAGGCCCUCCUGGUCAACAUCCUCAAGGCCUACGACCUGCCCGCCAAGGACCUGUGCGGCAGCUCCGACCCCUACGUCAAAAUCUAUCUUCUCCCUGAUCGCAAGAAGUUCCAGACGCGCGUCCACCGGAAGACGCUCAACCCCACGUUUGACGAGUCCUUCCAGUUCCCCGUGCCUUAUGAUGAGCUGGCUGUUAGGAAGCUCCACAUGAGUGUGUUUGACUUUGACAGGUUCUCCAGACAUGAUAUGAUCGGGGAGGUGGUGGUGGAUAACCUUGUUGAGACGUCAGACCUCUCCAGAGAGACGGACAUUUGGAGGGACAUUCAGUACACCACAACUGAGAGUGUGGACCUGGGAGAGAUCAUGUUCUCACUAUGCUACCUACCCACUGCUGGACGACUCACUCUCACCGUCAUCAAGUGCAGGAACCUCAAGGCCAUGGAUAUCAUGGGAUACUCAGAUCCCUACGUCAAAGUGUCUCUCGUCUGUGACGGGAGGCGUUUGAAAAAGAAGAAGACAACCAUCAAGAAGAACACUCUGAACCCCACGUACAAUGAGGCCAUCAUCUUCGACAUCCCCCCAGACAGCAUGGACCACGUCAGCCUGCACAUCUCAGUCAUGGACUAUGACUUGGUUGGUCACAAUGAGAUCAUUGGUGUGAACCGUGUGGGGUGCAGUGCUGAGGGGCUUGGCAAGGGCCACUGGAACGAGAUGCUGGCGUACCCACGCAAGCCCAUUGCACACUGGCACCCCCUACUGGAGGCCAAGAAAUCAGAGAAAGAGUGGAAAACGCGGACGGCCAGUUUUGACAGCCAGGGCUCCUGCCCCUCCCCCAGGCGUCCUGCUAGCCCCUGAGCAGAACCACAUGUGACCCUAGUGGAACGGCCCAGGUUUGGUUUGGGUCUCUUCUAUCUCUCCUACUGAUCCUACUUCCUGUCUGUUCUGUCUGCCUGAGCCUAAGGAGAAGCAUAACCCCACUGAGUCUCUCUCUCAGUCUUCACUUUCCCUCAAGUGUAGCCACAGAGUGCUCCCAGUCCUAAGACCAGAUCCUGGAUCAGCAUCGUCAGUUAUUUGUGAUAGUAACGUUGUUUAAAAAAAAAUCAACAUUAGAAUUACUGAUCUGGAGUCAGACCUAGACCUUGGGAGGCUUUGGUUUGGUUUUUAUCCUAAGCUGAUCUUCUCAAGUGAGUCCCCAAAGGGGAAGAUUGUUGUCUGAGUGGAACAGCAGACUGCCGUUUUCCAGUGUAUCUAUCUUUGGGUUGAGGCUAAUGGAAUGUGAUCACAGCGCUCUCACAGGGACUUGGUCUAAACACACUGACGUUUCUGCUCAGCACUGCAGAGCUCUUUGAUGAGAGGCUCCACAUGGAAAUCACACUUUGAAUGCAGUUGAAGUUUCCCAGAGAGACAGAGAAAGAGAACUGAAGGAUAUGGGGUAAGAUAGGAACUGAAGGACAGUGGACGGAACUUAGGAAUAUCUAAAGCCGUCUGCCCUUACUUUCUCCUUUUGUGCGGCAGUAACAAAAAAACAUUGUGACACAAUCAAAUGUGUAGUUCUUUCACCAAACAUUAACUGUCAUAGUAACCAAGCCAAACAAGGCAACAAACUCAUUUGAAAAUAGUAGCUAUGUUGUAUAUCUUCUCGACAUAAACCUUUACAUUUUCGGGAGUAAUGAACAGAACUUAAAGGGGUGGUUUUAACCAGUCAAAUAGUGUUCAUUGAGUUUAUAGCGGUUCAUUGAAUCAACAAAUGAUGAUCAGCACACAAUAUGAGCACAUUGCAACAAUGUUGGAGCAUAGCACCUCCUGAGUGUCUUUCUAUGGAGCAACAAAGAGUUAAAUAGCCCACAGACUCCGAACCCCCCUUACCUGUCUCUCUUUGUUUUCUCCUAGUUAGUCUUGGUUCUCUUACCUCUUCCAUCAAAGUGUAUUCUCAUUAGUCCCGUUCCCAUAGUUUUCCUCUCUCAGCUGAACGUACUGCACUUCUUCAGCACCUUCUUAUCGUGUUCUGUUCUCUGGGGUUGGUUUGAACUGUACAGCACAGUCCUCUAUCUGCUAAUGUAAAGUUUGUAUUUCCCACCAGAAUACAAAUUAGAUAUAGAACUAGUAUUGUUGUGUUUUGGGAGUUUUCCUUAUCCUGCAGCGUCCAGACCUCUUCUCCAGAAUAGGAGAACAUGACCAUCGAUGGACCAAUAAUCAACUAUUCAUUUCAUAUUAUAUUGUCUAUCAUAAACCAGAGGUACACUGGAGCAAUUUGUAAUGGGGUGACUUUCAAUCUGCUCUUUAUACAAGGAUUAGUUUAUUGAAUAUUGUUGAGGAGUUUGAUCUAAAUCCAAACAUGAUUUGCAUUAUUGAACAUUAUUCAACAAAAUCCAAUAAGUCAGCGUUUACGGUACAUGUAGGCAGUCAUGUAGCUACUUCUUCUACUGUUUUUCUAAUGGUUGUACUGCUGGAUAUUGGACAGAUAUACAGUACCAGUCAAAGGUUUGGACACAAAUACUCAUUCAACGGUUUUUCUUUCUUUUUUACUAUUUUCUACAUUAUAGAAUAGUAGUG